CGGAAGCGGCCGUGGAGGGGAAGGUGGCGGUUCCCCUGAGGAGGGUGUUUGUCUUUAAAGCUGACGCUCCCCGUCCCCCUCCCCGCAGGGAAGGCUGAGGGCGCUGCCGGCGCUGAAGUCCUUGUUGGGGUCCCCGCCCCGGAGCCUCUCUCAGCGGUCCUUCUGACUGUGAAUGUGAGGUGAGCUGAUUAAAAGGCUGUGUGACUCCUCAACAUAGUGUCACCUAAGGAAACAACCCCAGACCCCGAUCAGAACCGGGACCCAAUGGCUGCCUCUCAGGGACCGUUGACCUUCAGGGAUGUGGCCAUAGAUUUCUCUCAGGAGGAGUGGGAAUGCCUGGACCCAGCUCAGCGGAAGUUAUACAUGGAUGUGAUGUUGGAAAACUACAGCAACCUGGCUUUCCUGGCUAUGUCACCUAAAGAUAACCAGGCCUUUAUGCCAAAGCCCGGAAUACAAGAGUUAUUCUCUGAAAUAAUACUGAGUACACAUAAUGAAGAUAGAAGUUAUCAAUGGAUUGAACAUUGGAAAAACAUGAAGCUAGAGUCAUAUCUUAGUCAUCGGACAAGUGAGCUGACAGAGGAGCAUCAUAAAAGUGGAAAAGUCAUUGAUCAAAUGUCCAGUCUCAACAUACAUCAGGUUAUUCCUAUUGUGGAGAAGACACACAAAGGAAGUAAAUGUGUCCAGUCUUUUCUGCAGCCUUCAAAUGAUGAUGAACAAGAGAAUAUUCAUACUAGGGAGCAGGCUCACAAAUGGAAUCCGUGUGGGAGAGUCUGCAGUCAAUUAUUCAAUCUAAAUAGAUGCAAAAAAAUCCAUAGGGGAGAAGAACCUGAUAAAUGUAAAGAUUUUGGUAAAACAUCUUAUUGGCCUUCAGGUUAUACUCUAAAUCAGAGAAUUUAUACUGGAGAGAAGCCUUACAAAUGUAAAGCAUGUGGCAAAGCCUUUAAAUGUCAUUCUUCUCUUAUUGUACAUAAGGGAAUAAUUCACACUAAAGCAAAAUUUUACAAACUUAGGGAAAAUGAAAAAGUCUUUAGUCAGUCCUCAAUACAUACUCAACAUCAUAGAAAUCAUAGGGAAGAAAGGUUUUGUAAAUGUUCAGAAUGUCACAAAAUCUUUAGCCGGCCCUCAGCCCGUAUUUUUCAUCCGAGAAUUCACACUGGAGAAAACCCUUAUAAAUGUAGAGAAUGUGGCAAAUCCUUUAAAAACCAUGCAGUUCUUACUAAUCAUCAGAGUGUUCAUACUGAAGAUAGGCCUUAUAAAUGUAGAGAAUGUGGUCAAGCAUUCCUCCACGCCUCAAACAUGAUUCGACAUAAGAAAGUUCAUACUGGAGAGAAACCUCACAAAUGUAGAGAAUGUGGCAAAGCCUUUACCCGGUCCUCACACCUUACUUGUCAUCAAAGAGUUCAUUCUGGAGAGAAGCCUUAUAAAUGUAGAGAAUGUGGCAAAGCCUUUAGCCAGUCCUCAGUCCUUACUUACCAUCAGAGAGUUCAUACUGGAGAGAAGCCUUAUAAAUGUAGAGAAUGUGGCAAAGCCUUUAGAUCUUCCUCCUCCCUUAAGGUACAUCAAAGACUUCAUACCGGAGAUAAGGUUUAUAAAUGUAGAGCAUGUGGCAAAGCCUUUGGCCGGUCCUCACACUUUACUUAUCAUCAGAGAGUUCACUGUGGAGAAAAGCCUUAUAAAUGUAAAGUGUGUUGCAAAACCUUUAGCUACUACUCAGAUUUUAAUCGUCAUCAGCUUAUUCAUACUGGAGAGAAGCCUUAUAAAUGUAGAGAAUGUGGCAAAGCCUUUAGCCGGUUCUCAUCCCUUACUAAUCAUCAGAGCAUUCAUACUGGAGAGAAGCCUUAUAAAUGUAGAGAAUGUGGCAAAGCCUUUAGCAGGACCUCAAAUCUUAUUGCACAUCAGAAAGUUCACACUGGAGAGAAACCAUAUAAAUGUAGAGAAUGUGGGAAAGCCUUUAGCAGGUCUUCAAAUCUUAUUGCACAUCAGAGAAUUCAUUCAGGAGAGAAGCCUUAUACAUGUAGAGAAUGUGGCAAAGCCUUUGUCAGCUCCUCAGAUCUUACUAAGCACCAGAGAGUUCACACUGGAGAGAAGCCUUAUAAAUGUAGAGAAUGUGGCAAAUCGUUUGGCAGGUCUGCAUCCCUUACUAAGCAUCAGAGAGUUCACACUUGAGAGAAGCCUUAUAAAUGUAGAGGAUAUAAUGGCCUUUCAUCACUGUUUCUGCCUUAUUGUACAGCAGAGUUCAUACUUGAGAGAAGACUUACAGAUGUGAGGAGUGUUGUAAGUCCUUUACCAGCUGUGAGAACUUACAGAACAUCACAGAAUUGAUACUGGCAAGAAGCCUUACGAAGGUGAAAAAUGUAGAAAAGGUUUUAUAAGGCAUUUAUAUCUUACUGUACCUGAGAGACUUUAUACUAAAAAGAGAACAUACAGAUGUAGACAGUGGGCUGGAGCCUUUACUCACAGCUCAAAAUUCACUGCACAUUAGAGAUUUUACAGUGGAGGGAAACCUUACACUGUAGAAAAUGUGAGAAAGCCUUUAACUUGUGGUCUAACCUGCUCAACAUUUUAGGAAUCAUUCUAAAGCGAAACAGCAAUAAUAUAAAGUUUUCAUCUAAGGAUUUAAGCUUCAAAGGUUGAAGCUACAUUGAGAAUGAUAAAUAAGGUCUUAUAAAUUAUCAGGCAUAUGUUAAAGUGUAUAUCCUCAUAUCUCAUACAACAUUGUAUGAUUAUUACUGGAUCGAAUUCCCGCAGAUAUAAAGAAUGUGACGAAGCUUACCCAUAAUGUAAACUUUUUUUUUUUAAUUUUUUUAAAUAUAUUUUUUAUUGAUUAAGA